GACCAUUCCGGUUCUUUAUUACCACCUCGUUUAUACUCGGGAAGCAGCUGGUCAGGUCAGGCAGGUCCAUCCAGAUCCAGCUCGGCAUCACCCAGUUCGCCACGAGAAAGUUUCAAAGCAUCUCGCCUUACUCUCUCUAUCUCUCUCUGGAAGAGUCUUCCUCCUCGCGAGGAGGCACACAGCGAGAGCAAAGCCCAGCAAGCAAGAAACGAAGCUUCUUCCAGAUCUGCUCGGCGGCGGAGGAGGAGCUGGGCGGGAUGAAGGCGUCGAUGCGGAGCCGGCAGGAGCCGCGGCGGGUCAGCAACGGGGUCAUCAUCGCCGCCAUGCUGCUCUCCCUCUGCGUCCUCAGCAUCGUCAAGGCCAGAUACUGCUCCACGCCCUUCGGCCCAGGCAAGCCCGAGGACCAGCUGCAGGAGCAGAUGAACUCCAGCAUCAGGAUGGAGACCGACGACGAGCGCGUCCCCGCCGUCAACACGGCCCAAGAGGAGGAAGAGGAGGAUGUGGAGGAGGACAGCGGCCCGGCGACCAAGGAGGCCGCUCCGGCGGAGGUCGCCGCCAACACCGGCUCCGGCGCGGGGAAGAAGGAUAAUAAGAGCAGCAAGAAGAAGAAGAAGCCGACGUGCUUCAUGACGAGCAAGCGGUCGGAGCGGUGCGAGGCGACGGGGGACAUCCGGGUGGUCGGCAACACCUCCACCAUCUACAUCAGCGGGCUGGACAAGGAGUGGACGACCAAGCCGUACGCGCGGUACCACGACCCCGUGGCCAUGUCGCACGUCCGGGAGUUCACCCUCAAGCCCUUCCCCUCCGCCGCCGCCGACGCCCCGGCGUGCACCAAGAACCACUCCGUCCCCGGCUUCGUCUUCUCCAACCGGGGCUUCUCGGGCAACCUGUACCACGACUACACGGACGUGCUGUUCCCGCUGUUCCUGAGCACGCGCAGGUUCAAGGGCGACGUGCAGUUCCUGCUCAGCGACCUCAAGCCCUGGUGGGUGGCCAAGUUCCGGCCGCUCUUCCGCCAGCUCUCCAAGUACGACGUGGUGGACGUCAACAACGACCUCGAGACGCACUGCUUCCCGCGGAUCGUGGUCGGGUCAGACUUCCAUAAGGACAUGGGCAUCAUCCCGGCCAAGGCCGCGGGGCACGUCUCCACGGCCGACUUCAAGCGCGUCCUCCGCAACGCCUUCGGGCUGGAGCGCGCCGCCGCGUCCCGCGGCGGCGCCACGGGCAACGGCAAGCCGAGGCUGCUCAUCAUCUCCCGCAAGAACUCGCGCCGGUUCCUCAACGAGCGGGAGAUGGCGGCGGCGGCCGCCGAGGAGGGGUUCGAGGUGCGCAUCGCGGAGCCCGACCAGCACACCGACAUGGCCACCUUCGCGCGGCUCGUCAACUCCGCCGACGCCAUGAUCGGCGUCCACGGCGCCGGGCUGACAAACAUGGUGUUCCUCCCCGCCGGCGCCGUGCUGGUCCAGGUGGUGCCGUUCGGCGGGCUGGAGUGGCUCACGCGGGUGACGUUCAAGGAGCCGGCGGCGGACAUGGAGGUGAGGUACAUGGACUACAACGUGCAGCUGGAGGAGAGCUCGCUGCUGGACCAGUACCCGCGCGGCCACCAGGUGCUCGUCGACCCCUACGCCGUGCACAAGCAGGGCUGGGACGCGCUCAAGGCGGCCUACCUCGACAAGCAGAACGUCCGGCUGGAUCUCGACCGGUUCAGGGCCACGCUCAGGGAGGUGCUCGCCGCGCUGCCGCCGGCGCCCACGUCCACAACGCCGGCGACGUGAACCGGUCGUGGUCGAUAGGUAUAGGUUGGUGUAUAUCUAUCCGUUCCGUGACUCGUUUUGGUUAACUUGAUUCUUCUUGAUUUCUUCUUCCUGUUCUUGCUCUUCGAUCUUCCUGUGGCAAGAUUUCCAUCGACGACGAGCAAGAACUUCC